AUGGUAUCAGAGCGUCACUGGAGUUACGCCGCGGCAGUCAUGGCGGAAACUGAGAACGACGACAAGAAUUUCAUUGAUCAAGUUCCUUUGAACCAGAUUCCGACGAAUCCAAGUUCCGUUCAGCGUGUAGAAGAGUUUGACGACCAUAUGUACUUACAUAUAACUGAGAAUCCUAACCCUAUUCUUGCCUCUCCACUGCUAUUGAAAGUCAACUACGCGUCCUGGAGCAGAUCCAUGAGGAUUGCUCUUGAGGUCAAGAACAAGUAUGGUUUCGUCGAUGGAAGCAUAGUUAAUCCUGGAGAAUCCGAUCCUAGGUUUCCGAUUUGGAGGAGAUGCAACAAUAUCGUGCGCUCAUGGAUCUUUAAAUCCCUCAGCUCCACGAUUACAGAAGGAGUGCUGUACUUCGAAGUUGCGGCUGACAUUUGGAAUGUUCUUAAAAAGAGGUACUCUCAGGUCGAUGCUCACAGAAUUGCCGAGUUGCAGAAUGAGAUUUACAGGUGCACUCAAGGUAGUCUUUCUAUCAAUGAGUAUUUCACAAAAUCUUAUGCUCUGUGGGUGCAAAUGAAUGCUAUGAGGCCUAUUCCAAAGUGCGGAUGCAUACCAAAGUGUUCAUGUGCUCUCAUCAGUAAGAUUCAAAAAGAAAAAGAGGAAGAUCAGAUAAUUCAUUUUUUGGAAGGGCUAAACGAAAAAUAUGAGAACAUUAAGUCUGGAAUAUUGGUUAUGGAUCCCAUCCCGAUCAUGGAAAAGGUCCUUAACAUGGCUCCAAAAAUGGAGAGAAAGCUCAAAAGUUCUCGCAAUGUGAAGAACCCUGAUCUGAUUCAGUCGAAUGCUGUUCAAAAUGCACCUGACCACUGUGCAGAAGACCAAACUGUUGUAGCUGCUUCAACUUCUUAUAACAAGAAAAAGUUCAAUAGCAGCUCAGGGAAGAAUGUGCCUAAAUGCACAUUCUGCGGAAUGCUUGGACACACGGUGGAAAAAUGCUACAAGAAGCAUGGUUUUCCUCCAUGA